AUGGCAGCUUCAGCAAACGGUCUUGAUGCAGAGAACCAGUUCUUACAGAGAAAGACGUCCGCCUCUACGAGCUCUGAUGGAAACAAGGAAACUACACGCGUCGGACGCAAGCGCGUAACAAGUUUGAUGAGAGACUCCGUGUUUGUCGUCCUGAUUGCUCUUGCUGCAUUCAUCCUCGGGUGGUGGAUCUCUUCCAUCAUCUUGACAGCAACUCGCGGACAAUGGGUCGUGCGGACAGUUUUCGCGUGGUCUUUUUUACUCAUUAUCGCGUUCCGCUUCAUACCCAAUUCAGUAGUGACGGAGCCCAUUACCGCUGUAUGGAUGCCAUACGUCCAGGUGCCUUGGUACAAGCUUCCUCGGACAGCGAGGUUGACAAUUGGAUGGCUCUGCCUUCUUGCCAUAGUGUUUGGGUCUGCUUUCGGAUUACCACUCACUGGUAACAGCGAUUAUGGACAUCGAGCAAUUUCAGUACUUGGGUUGUUUGUUUUCCAGUGCGGUUUCUACCUGUGUUCCACGAACAGAUCAGCAAUUUGCUGGCCUACUGUGAUAGUUGGCCUUUUCCUUCAACAAACCAUUGCUCUUUUUGUGCUCAAGACUGGCGCUGGUUUUUCCCUCUUCAAAUACAUUGCGGAUCUCGCAAAUGACUUCUUAUCGGAAGCCGAUGUCGGAGCUACGUUCUUCUUCGAUGCAGCAACCGUUGCGAAGGGUUGGUUUUUUGUGAAUGUGCUCGCCGCGGUUAUCUUUUUCAUCGCCACAAUUCAAAUGCUGUACUAUCUCGGCGUCAUGCAAUGGAUGGUCAAAGGAUUUGCAUGGUUCUUCUUCAAGCUCAUGAACGUGUCCGGCGCUGAAGCAGUCGUCGCGGCUGCUUCUCCUUGGGUAGGCCAGGGAGAGUCUGCGUGUUUGGUCAAGCCUUACGUUGAUAUCAUGACCCCAUCGGAACUUCAUCUUGCCAUGACUUCUGGUUUCUCCACUAUCUCCGGAUCUGUUUUGACCGCCUACGUUGCCCUGGGUGUUCCACCCCAGAAUCUUAUCACUUCAUCCGUCAUGAGCAUACCUGCUUCUAUUGCCAUUAGCAAGAUGCGGAUUCCCGAAGUCGAUGAUCCUAUUACUCGUGGUCGCAUCAUAGUGGACCGUGGGGAGCCCGGAAAGAACCAGCCAGUCAACGCUCUUCACGCAUUUCUUUGGGAGUCCUACAGCACUAACGUGUUGACGAUCCUGUCGCUCGUCGCCGCUAUCAAUGCCGUCUUGACAUGGGUCGGCCAUGGAUUCGGCAUCCACCAACUUACUUUACAGCUAGUUUUAGGAUACAUCGGGUACCCUGUCGCCUUUUUCCUGGGUGUCCCCAGCAAUGAGAUCCUCCGAGUCUCACAGCUGUUAGCGACAAAGCUAAUAGAAAACGAAUUUGCUGCAUACUUAGAACUAUCAAGCAUCCAAGCGAGUUCGAACCCCCUGUCACAGCGUGCCUUCACGAUUGCAUCAUAUUCCCUCUGUGGAUUUGCAAAUCUCGGAUCGCUAGGUAUACAGAUUGGCGUGCUCGGCGCUUUGGCACCAUCGCAGGGCAGAACCAUUGCGAAGCUUGCGCCGUCUGCUAUGAUUUGCGGGUUUAUUUCAACCCUUCAAACUGCUGGUAUCGCGUGA